ACAGGGUACAACAUCCCAGUGGAACGUCUUUGGUUGCUUUUUAAUAAAGAUGAUAAAAUCCCAUCCAACAGCAAUGAAGGAGGAACGAGGGUGCCACAAAGCCAUUUUCCUGACAGCUGUAUCAGCAUCAACAGGAACAGGCUUUGCCCUGAACUACAGAGUCUGCAGAUCUCACUCGGAAAACCCAAGGCUUCUGAAUAUGACAAAGCUUCCCCAGAUAUGAUGUCCAUCAGAUGGCCAUACCUGAUGCAGGCUGAAACUGGACACAUUAACUGUCUGGAAAGUGAUGAUGGGGUGAUUAAGAAAACUGAACUUGAAAUGCAUCUGGAAACUAGUGCAGAUGAACAGAAGUACAAAUGGCUUAAUGACAGCAACAUCAUAGGUCAUGGACAACAAGGACAAAAUAACACAUUGACAACACAUAAGCAGAUAUCUAGCGGAGAGAAAUUAUAUGAGUGUACCACUUGUGGCAAGACAUUUACAGGUGCAAAAAGAUUAGCGAUACAUGAGAGUAUUCAUACUGGGCAUGAGUCGGAAAUGGAUACACAGUUAGUCCACCUGCAACAACAACUAUGCAAAUAUGACACGUGUGACAAGGAUUUUACAGAUAAGCAUUUUGCAGGAAAUAAUAUGAGUGCACACAUUGGGCAGACUCCAUAUAAAUGCACCCCAGGAAGUAAGGAUUUUAGACAUAAACGUGCUACAUAUAGACAGCAGAAUAUCUACACUCAGCAGAAACCCUAUAAAUGCACCACAUGUGAUAAGAGUUUUAAAUAUAAAAAUACUAUGUUACUUCAUCAACGUAUCCACAGUGGGCAGAGACCCUACAAAUGCACAAUGUGUGAUAAGAGUUUUAUACAGAAGAGUCACUUGGUAACACAUCAGAGUGUCCAUACUGGACAUAAAGCCUAUAAAUGCACCAUUUGUGAUAAGAGUUUUAGUCAAAAAAGUAGUGUGGUAACACAUCAAAUUAUCCACACUGGGCAAAAGCCAUAUAGAUGCACUACAUGUGACAAGAGUUUUAGUCACAAAAGCAGUAUAGUAAAGCACCAGAGAGUCCACACUGGGCAGAAACCAUAUAAUUGCUCCAUGUGUGAUAAGAGUUUUGCACAAAAGUGUCAAAUGAUAAGACAUCAGUACACCCACAGUGGUCAGAAGCCUUAUAAAUGCACCAUGUGUGACAAGAGUUUUAUAUAUGAAAGUGUUAUGAUACGGCAUCAAAGUAUCCACACAGGACAGAGACUCUAUAAAUGCACCCUAUGUGAGAAGAGCUUUAGCUACAAAAGCAGUAUGGUAAAACAUCAAAAGAGUCACACUGGGCAUAAACCCUAUAAAUGCUCAAUGUGUGAGAAGAGUUUCAUAGAGAAGAGUCAAAUGGUCAGCCAUCAGAGUAUCCACACUGGGGAGAAACCCUAUCAGUGCACCAUGUGCGACAAGAGUUUUAGACAAAAAUGUACAUUGAAUAAACAUCAGCUUAUUCACUCUGGGCAGAAACCUUAUAAAUGCACAAUUUGCGACAAAAGCUUUAGACGCAAAUCCAAUAUGCUAAGACAUCAGAAUAUCCACACCAGGUCGGUGCUUGGAAGUGCAUAUUUAGCACAUAUCAAAGACAGAAGCAAAACUGAUUUCAUGGGCUUUAAUUAUACCUUGACUUAGGAAAAGGACUAUUUCUGUCAUAGGUUUGAAAAAAACCUUAACAUGUGGAUAAAUUAAAAGGCAAACCCCCUGUGAAUGCACAAGAACUGCUAUAUAUGUCAUUGAGAAAAACAAAAGAAGAGCUUGGUGCAGUUGUCCCUGGAUUUAAAAAAAAAAGUGCCUUAACCUGGCAAAGUCACUAGGGACAUAGUUAGUAGAAAAAUAGUAUGAAGCCCUGGAAGGAUGAUAUUGAUAUUGCCACAGUGUUGGGGUCUGAAAUAAGAGACCCCACAGUGGCAACAGAAAAUUAGUCCACAAGAUAGUAAAAACAUUGGUAAGCUAAGCAACAGGUUUGCAUUGAAACAGUCACCCGAGGACAAAAAGUAAGUCACACUUUAUUUUUAUGCAACAAUUCCAGCAUUUCCUUAAGGCGUUACAUGGUAAGAACAAGGGAGAAAACAGAAAAAAGAAAAAUCUUAGAAAUGGGCAAAGUGUCAGACAUUGAUUGCAGUCACAAAAUUAAGAUCAUUAAUUGAGUAAAUAAAAACAAAACAAUAUGCAGAUUAGCAAACAUUGAAAAGGUGUAAAAAUGAUUCAUUAAGAGAGCAAUAUAAAAGAGCACAUGUAUUUGCAACUUUAAAAAGAGAGGAGUGGACUUCAGAGAGGAAAGGAGACAUAAUAUGGUGCAGCUCAUAUGGAGAAAAGAAAUAAGUGUUAACUAGAAAUUGUAGAGCAAAGUAAAAAAUAUUUGGGAUGCAUAUAGGGAAAGACACACAGACAUGGCAAAUGUUGCAAAACAGAAUAGUAGCACAGAAGUCUAAUGUAGUGACAAGUAAGCUGUUUGAUACAGAAAUAGAGGAAACUGAAAAUUAAGUGAGAGAUCAGUUAGAAACUGAAAGAUCUGAAUAAGAAUCCAAGACAUAAAUGCUACUUCAAAAUGGUGAUUUAUUUAAACAGGUAUAGCUUGAAGAAUUGACAGAGGAAGCAGAGCAGUGUAUUAGAAGAGAAAAUAACUAAAUAAUCUAGUUAAAUGUUGAAAGUAAUAAAGAUAUUUCAGGAAGUUUUGUCAGACAAUUAUUUGAAAACCAAGAUAUGUCUAUGCUGUGGUAGAAGAACAAAAAACACAAACUGUACAAGAAACUCAUAACCAUGUAGAAAAUAGUUUUUGGGGAGACGCACUGGAUUUGAUAGAAAUUGAUACAUAUAACUAUAUAUUUGGAAGACAUAGGCUACCAAAAAUAAAGACACAAAUUGUUAAAAAAUGUAUACAUCAAAUUAAUACAGUAAUUAGAACUAUAAAGAAAGAUGUGUAAUGUAACAAAAACUAACAGAGUACAUUGCUAUGCAGUAAAACUAAUAACAGACAAGGUAUUACCAAGAAAGCAUAAAUUAGUAAAGGAAAAUAAAAGGGUAAAUAGAUCACCAACAUGGAAACUUUGAUUAGAAACAACAGUUAAGGAAUGAAGUAUCUUUAUCAAAAGAGUAUAGAAAAGGAAGUAAGCCUAAAAACUGUUAGAACACAGAAAAGGCUAAAACAAAAGCAUAUCAAAUGCAAAGCAAGAUUUGAGUUAUAACCUUUCUAACAAAUUAAAAAUCUAUUCACAGGGCAAACAAAUACUAACAUUAAACAGUAAGAAAUGUAACAAAAGGAUAUAAAACAAUCAGUUUAGGGAUGAACCAAAGAUGUUUUACAGGGGACUAGGAAAGAAAACGACAAAUAGUCGAGACACCAGCAAGAAUAGAAGCAAUAAAUAAAUUGUGGAGGAAUAUCUGUGAGGACCCAGUUGAACACAAGGAAAGCUGAAUGAAUAGAAGUAAAAGAAAAAAUAAAUUCUAAUGUGACUGAUAUGGAUUGGAAUGAGGUAGCUGCUACAGAGAAAGAUAUAAAGUUAAAGUUAAGAAAGGCUCCCAGCUGAAAAAGUCAGGGUCCCAGAUGCGUACUCAACGUUUUUUUGAGUAUUAACAUUUGUGCAGCAGGAUUUAGCCUUGAGUAAAAAAAUACUUAUAUCUACAACCUGAAAUGACACCAGCCUGACUAGCAAUGGGGAAAAUCAUUCUCAUAUUUAAAAGUGCCUUCCUCUAUUUUUGACCCUAAAUCACCUGUGUGUUCCUUUACAUGCUCUGUGUAGGCUAAUUGUGUAGAUUUUAUUACAGUAUUGUCAUACAACUGCAUAGUGACCGCACAUCACUAGAAAGUAGUCUUUGACUCCCCCCACUGAUACUUUGCUUUCUCAACAGCUGCAGUCUACUCACACAGUUCUCCCCACUCCUGCAAGCAUUUUAUCCUCUCUACCCUGGUGUCUUAUUCAGGUGCUUAACAAGGAUUUUCCAGUUCAAGCCUCUAGUGCCCUGAUAAUCUGAGCCUUCUCUUUUUUGUCUUUAACCCCCCUCACUGCCAAGCUCUUAUCCCAGCUUCCACUCACUCUAAACAGUUUGUUUUUCUUAGUCCUCUCGUAGCUCCUUCUCCAGGCUAACCCACUCCGUUUGCCCUCACUACGCUCGGGCUCACUCUGCUCCCCUACCCCCAUUCCCACCCCCACUUUCAUUAUAGUUGUACUGUUCUAACCACUCCCCCUUUCCAUCAGCCUCCCUUCCUCCCCACCCCUUCACAUCAUUUCCUUCUCUGACACUCUUUUUCACUGUUCUUGCCAUGUUGCCUCUCAUUCUACAAAUACUACUCCCACUCACUGUGACAUUACUUCUUCUCACCCUCUCAAAAUUCACUGCUGUACACUCACUAGCCCCACCAAAAUAAAUUCCUUAACCCUAUCCUCCACUUCCCCCUUCUUAAGUCUUGCUCAAAUAUAGGUCCUUGCAUUUUCCUUUAUAAAGACAUCCUGUGCUUUAAGAAUUACUCCCUCCAAAUUCUCCACUUUACUAUUCACCUAAUUCCCACUUCUAUUUCAUACAUUACAUAUACUCUUCACUUUCUUUCUUUUGCCUUCACCUUUCUCAAACUAUAACCAACCUCAUCCACUCCGGAGACAUCCAUCCCAAUCCUAGGCCCACAAGUUCUUUAUGGCAUAAUUCCCCCAUCUACUCCAAUAACUCAUAUCACUUCACCUGUCCACUAUAAACUUCAAAAGCUUGUGUAACAAAACCUCUCAGCUUCACGCCUGACUUUCCCAAAAUAAAACUGACAUCCUUGCCACCACAGAAACUUGGCUAAAGCCUUCCAUUCAGGACUCUGAGCUUCUCCCUCCAAACUUUAGUAUACUUAGAGCUGACAGGCUACAUAAAAAAGGAGGGGUUUAGCCAUAAUCUACCCUAGCACACUCACUCUCUGUAGAUUUGAUGACCAAAUCCCUCAAUUUCAUAAUGCAGACUUCCUAAGGUUUGGAAUUAGAAGUUUGAAGUGUGUUCGGUUGAACCCACUUCAGUCGAAGUCUGGAGGCCGAACGGCAACAAUGUACAACCCGACAUUGUCGAAGUACAAAUCUCGUCCCAUCUCAACCCAUGUUAAAGCCCGUUGUGAGAUUUAUGGCGAGUCAUAUUUUUGACAAUAUCGGAAUUCGACAUUGUCGUUUUAGCAAAAAUGGGUCAGUAAUUCCAUCAUUUGAUGGAGUCUGGUUCAACCUUCUCAUGGUAAACCCAUCCUAAUCUCCUUCUCUGAAAUCAACCACUCCAAGAAUCUAUGUAUAAUUGUCCUCUACAGCCCUCCCGAAAAUGAUAUCCGUAUUCUAGAAGAUAUUCUGUCUUGGAUCUCCCACACCAUAAAAAAUGAAACAGUAAUCCUAGGCAACAUGAAUAUAAACUGGGCCUCAAUCUCUUCCAAACAGUCAUCCAACAGCAUGAACCUCUUUCACUUUAUCCAGCUCAUUACAUCCACCACCAGGUACAACAAUAGAACUAAUGGUGGAUCCAUCCUAGAUUGGAUCUUAGUUUCAGAUCCCUCGAAGUUCAUAACUUCAGGGACUGUGCCCAACUCUCUUAGUGAUCAACUCCCUGCCUUUACAAUCCAUGCUGGCUCAUCCAUCCCAAAACAUCACAACAUCAAGGUAGCCUGAAAUCUAUCUAAAUUCAAUCCCACUUCCUUUAGCAACAUCCUUGCAAAUAUUAAUUGGACUGUUCUCAAGCUCCUCCCUUUAGAUGAGGCUCUCCUCUAUUUCAGUACUACCUUUCUUGUAGUAUUAGAUAGCCUAGCCCCCACUAGAACCAAAAGGAUCAAAGCUAACCAUGCCCCCUGGUUAACAAAAGACACUAAAGAUAUCAUGAAUAAUAGGGACAAAGCCUGGAAACACUGACUGAAGUCUUAUAAUAAUUCAGACCUUAUUCUUUAUAAAUAGCUCUAUAACCAAGUUAAAAAACUUAUCUCCAAGGAUAAACAGCAGUUCUUUUGUAACCUGCAAAAUAACAGAACAAAUAGCAGCCUAUUCAACUCCUACUUUAUCGACACUGUUGCCAAUAUUAAUGUGUCCUUCUCUUAUCCUCUCCCUCAGAACACUUCCUCUAAUUCUCACUCUCCUUCUCUUCUCUCUCCUUCUCAGAAUUCUUCGGAUUCUCCUAAUCACACUCUUCCUGCUUCAUCUCCAAACUCUCACAAUACCCCUCUAGAUUACACACAUAAAGCUAGUCAUCCACAACUUUGUCUCUCUCCCAUCCCCACCUCCUACAUCAAAAAACUCCUUUUGAAAUUAAAACCCUGCUCCAAUGCAGCAGAUGAAAUUCCUCCUAUGUUUCUAAAACUUGCUACAGACUCAGUGGCAUAUCUAAUUAACAGAUCUGUUCAAGAAUCUCAUGUCCCUGAUCUUGAGAAAAAAAGCUAUCAUCCUAGCACUUCACAAAGGUGGCUCCUCAAGCAACAUCUCUAACUUCCGUCCCAUUGCUAUACUUUCCCCAUCUCUAAAAUUCUUGACAAAUGUGUAGAAAAACAACUACUAGACUACCUACUACAGUACAACAUUCUAUCCCCUACACAGCAUGAGUUCUGCCCAGGUCAUACUACUUAUUCUGCAUUAAUUUCCUUUCUAGACACAGUAAAUAAGGCCGUGACUCAGGAAAUUUUGUCUCUACCCUUUAUUUGAACUUGUCAAAGCCUUCGACACUUUCACCCUUUACUCGUCUCCCAGCUCUCUAAAAUAGGUCUAUAUCCCCAGUCCAUUAACUGGUUCUGAAGCUAUAUUUCCAACAGGGAGCAUGCCGUUAGAUGGCAGAACUCCAUUUUAGCUUAUUUUCACAACCCCACAGAUGUGCCACAAGGCUCUGUUUUUGGGCCCUCUUGUAUUCAUUGUUUUCAUUAAUAACCUCCACCAAGUUGUUAAACAGGGCUCACUUGUCCAGUAUGCAGAUGACUCUACUAUAGUCUGUUCAGUCCCUAAUACAAAUAUUCUCAGGCAUUUCACCCAAACACCUUUUUCACUGCAGAAAAAUGGCUUCAUGAAAAUCACCUUUCCUUAAAUCCCAAAAAGACUAAACUCAUGAUAUUUACUCCCAAGAAAAAAAUCACCAAUUAAUAAAGACACCUUUGAUAUUUUCUCUCUUAACUAAGAUUGAGUUAGUUACACGUACCGAACUCCUGGGUAUAAUAAUUGAUGAGAACCUCAAAUUCAUCCUUCACAUUCAAAACAGUAUCAACAAAACUCAUAAAAAAACUCUGGCUUCUCUACAGGCAUAACAAAUUCCUCCCUCUCCCCUCCAAACGUACUCUAGCUCUAUCUUAUCUCUUGCCUUCUCUUUCUUACAGUGCUCCAAUCCUAACCAACCUCCAUUCAUCUCUGCUUUCUAAACAAGAGUCAUGCUUUAACAAAACUGCCAAAUUCGCAACUAACAGCUUCAACUCUACACAAUAAUGUAUAGACCUAAAAUAACUGCAAGGGCUAGAACUCCCACACUAUCUACUUCUAUUUCUACAGCUCACUACCACACAUAAAGUAAUUUAGAAGCCCCAAGACUGCCUUGCUCUUAGCUCCCUCCUCACCCUAUCCAACCUAGUUAGAACCCUAUGAUCUGAACACCAGUUUCUUCUCCAAACUCAAACCAAAACUAUUAACAGGCAAAUUCUUGUACUCCUGGAAUGUUGCCAAAACCUGGAAUAACCUACCUCCCUCUAUCCAACUACAGCAAUCCCCUGUCAACUUUGUAAGUGCUAUACAUAACCACCUUCUCUCCAAGUGGCUAUGUCACUGUGGUGUCACACAAACUGACAUCACCUAAUCUCUUCCCACAGAACCCUGGAUCUUAACAUCUUCCUCUUCUUCCCUGUCUCCACUUCCCUUCCCUCCCUCCUCCCCUUUUCUCUCUACUUCUCUGUCUAGCUAAACCCUCUUCCCCUAUUUCCUCUUCCUCACUUGCCCCUCUCCUCUUUACCCUCUUUUUUCUCUGGCCUCAUUAGUGUCCUACCCCUCUCCAUUUCUCUUUCUUUCUCUCAUAAUUCUCUUCACCCUAUUUCCUCCAUUCUCUAUUCUACACAUUCCCCCAAGUGAGCACAGUAUCAUAUUCCUUGUCCCUGAAUGCUUGCUCUGUUUAUGACUAGCUCCUUCCUUGUAAUUGUAUUAACUCCAUCCUCAAUCCCUCCCUUUCCUGACUCCGUAUAAUUCAUGAUUUUAAUUCCCAUGUAAUCCAUGUAUUUUGUAUAUUACUUUCUAUACGCUCUUUCUAGUAUUACUACGUUAUAUUGUUUUCUGUUUUAAAUAGUAACCCAAAUUUUUAUAUCUUUGUUGUGAUUUUCUUAGAAUUUGUACCUAUUAUGUUGGAGCUUUUCUCCCUGGGCCUCCACUGAAAAUGGGCUAUCCUGGCCCAGUGGACUUUCCCAGCAAACAAAUGCCAAUAAAUAAAGUGAACCUACAAACUAUCAUAAGAGCUAUCAACCCAUAACCUUUCUCAUAACAGUAUAAAUGCUAGAGACAGGAAUUUAUGCACAGUAUACAGUCAUUUAUCACACAUUUAUACAUUGUGUUGUAUUUACUAUGAAAAGUGGCAAAUCACUUUGUAACUGAACCACAAAACGUUACUAUGUAGGGUGUGAGAAUCUAACAUGAGAUAUUCAGGUGAUUCCCUGUUGCUAUUAUUGUUUUGCAUUGUCCUCAAUCCAUUAAGUGGUUUAUUUUAUUUAACUGCCUAGGUCAUGGAUUGUCUGGCCUUAAGAAAACCAUCAAAAGAUAUCCAUCUACACUGUAUGGUUGAUCAAAAUAUUUUACAGUUUAUGGGAUAAACACCUGAAAGAACUACUGCAGUCACUUAAACCUCCUCAAAAUGCAUAAGAAUGUCAUUUGGUCUCAACAAAUGUUCAAAAGUAACAUUUGAAAGACAAAACUUGAAUUGAGAAAGUAUAAAACUUGAUGUGAAGUAAAAGAAUUUGAACAAGAAGGAGCAUGCAAAUGUCUGUAAAUAGUUGAAGGGGCAGCAAUGCGGCAUGAAUAAGUGAAGACAGAACUCCAUAAAGAAUAUUCUAGAAGACUACGACAAAUACUGAAAAUUGCUUUAACAUGUAAGAAUUAAGGUCAAGCUAAAAAUCGACUUGCAUUUCCUGUUUCAACUUACAGCUUUAAACUUAAUAGACUCAUACAUACUUAGUAGGCUGUUAAUCUGAGGAUCUUAAGAAGCCUAUCCAUACAUUUCACUGGCCAUUUUUAGCCCUUAUACAGAUCAACUGGCCCCAAAGAAUUAGGGAUAGGAAAGCAAGAAAAAUGCUUCAUACCCAUCAAAUCAUAUGUAAGAAGCAGUGUUUGCCAAGAUUUAUAUUAGUCAGUGUAAAAGUGGCAUAUGCCUCCUUGAAAUUGACAAAACAUAUACAUCAGUGAUUGGGGGAUGGUAUACAUAGCUGUUGGCAUCACUUGAUCCAUAUGUAGUGAAUGUUCUGAAAAAGUAGGUGUAAGAUGACAUCUUUACUUAAAUUACCAGAAGCCUUUCAGGCACAGAAAUCAAACUAGAAGUGGACAAAAACAGGUAGCAAAUGAAAAGGAAAAGAAAGGGUACAAAAAACGUGGUCAGUAAAACAGAAAAGAUGUGGAAACCCACAAUUUUAGUAGGAAGUGCAGAGAUCUAUUGGAACAACAUGUUGACCAAGGGUUGAUAAUGAGUCUCAGGUGAGGUGAAUUUAAACAAAGAAAUGAAAGAUUAAUGUUCCGGUUCACUGCAGCAUUAAAUAAAGAUAAUUAACUUAAUAUUUUUGUGUCAUUUGGCUUGUGAUGCACUAAAACAAUAAAACCAAUUCACAGUGUGAUUUCAAAGCUAUAGACUGUGUUCCUGUACACAUUAAGGAAUAAUGUCACAACUGUACAGACAUUCUAUAUACUGUACAGAACCAUGAAUGUGUUAUACGUAAGUCUGCUAAGUUAUUCAUGGGUUUGGGAAGUUUGCCAGGAGACUAUCAUAUACAAAUAAAUCCUGAUUAUAAGCAAAAAUGGUUAAUGUUCAAGAAAAAAGUAUUGUUAAUGGUAACCAUUCGAAAUGUCAGGACCUGCUAGAGCUAGUCCAGGAAUAUGGAGACUGAAAGGCCGAAAAAUGGACUGACAUAUACUAAGUCUGAGAUGCCACUUCUCAGACUAUUCUCUUUUCUCUGAGGUAUAUCAAUCUUGGAGUUGGUACAUAUAUAAGUUUGGGGGUGUGGGGACUUGCCCCCCUGUGAAAAAGAAGUUAAAAGGAGAAGAGUGAUCUUUGAGAUAUGCUGUCCUCUUGGGGUUUGGUCUUUUUUUUCUACUUGUUGGUAGUUGCCAUUUUGAGUGUCAGCAUUUCAAAAAAGAACAAUCAUUAGCUCUCAGGUAGAACUCAGCAGGUAGUAUAGUGAACUGCAAGCUUUAGUGCCAUCAUAAUUGAAGAAUAGCAUGUUUUUUGUGCUUUCUGUCUCCUGUUUAAUGACCAUCAGUCCUUCUCUUGUGGGACUUGAAUAUGUUUCUUUCCCAGACAGCUAAGACCAUUCUCUGACGUGUAGAAAUGCCAUGUAAAAGGCAUAGUCAUCCUUCCAGACAUCACUUUGGAUGGGUGGUUUGUAUCCUAUGCUACCUCUAUCAAUUUGCCCUGCUUCUCAAGCAGGGCAUGUCAUUGGCCUUGUCCCAGUGUGGGGGCAUCCACAUUCUUUAAGGACAACUCUAAUUGUGUACUGUUUGGAGAACUACCCAACAGUUAUGCCCCAUGGAGCCACAUCAUCCAUGAUGAAGAGCUGAUGGUGGUUUCUAAUGGUCUGUAACUUCUACUUUGGUGGGUCACAUGUGCCUUUAUUUCAAUGGAGGCCUGCACUACCUCCCUGCAAUGUGUGCAAUUUCCAUGCUUUCACUGCAGAGACAACCAUCACUGCCUGACAGAGCCAAACAUUUAUGUUUAUAGGCAUGUGCUAGACUUAAUGAUCCUCAAGGUUUUUAUAAGCCUAGCCAUGCAUUCCUAAUCUCUGAUAAGUUCUGGUACCCUUGAUAAGUGUAAGCAGGGGGCUUGGGAGAUGAAAUAUUUACAAGCAGAGGUCUCGGAGAUUAAACAUUUA